AAAAAUUCCAGAAAAUCAGGACUUCUGGAAUAUUUGUUACCUUGUUUUGUUCCAGACUCAGGCAUAUAUGGAGUUCUGAACGUCUAUGGUGUGAGGUUGGAGAGGCUGCUUGAAGUGGUAGUCAGAUAUGGUUUCUACUUUACCUGCUGAAAUGACACCUACAACUGUAACCAUGGAACAAGAACUGGCUCUCAUGGUGGAAGAGGAGGCUGCGGGAAGAACAUAUGAAGCGACUAUAGCAGAGGAUCAAAAUAAUGAACGAGGACCACCUCGGCAUCCGACCGAGGCGCACAUCAAUAUGAACGGAGCAGCUCCUGGAACGAUACUUGUGCAAUCGAGUGGAGACGAAAUAUGGAAAUAUGUCACUUGCGCAUUAACACUCUUUGGGUUAUCUAUCCCAUUUUUCGGGCUCUACUUCAAUCAGUGGCAUAGCCUCACCAACUUGUUGGUUGUAAUGAUAUGCUUGGUUGCUUUUUCCUCAAUUUUAGGAGUGCUCUUUUAUAUAAUUUAUCGCAAAAUCAGCAACGAAGAACAAUCAGAGGGAAACCCAAACCCAAAUAACCAUCAAACUACCACUGUUGCCGACUGCUCAGUUCAGCGCUGUCUUUUCUUCUUAUUUCUGUUUCUGGCAGUCACGAUUUAUGUUCUCAUUGCCGUCAAUGCCAUAACCAAAUUUAUCGCUGCUCACAAUGCCGCAUAAUUUGUUCUGGCUUGUUUGUUUAAGGUUUGUUUGCUGUACAGCCGUGUGUUUUGUUGUCAGUGUAGGGUGCUCGCAGUUAAGUUUUCUCCGUCACCUUUCAUGUUAUUUCAGC